AUGUUGGUAAAUAAAAUUCAGUGUUAUCAGCCGUUAAUCCGAAUUUAUGGUAAACGUCAAGUUCACGCACAACUAGCUAGAUUACAAACAGCUAAGCCUUUGCAAAUUAACGAUGUUGACUCAAAGCAUCCAGCGCAAACUGAGUCAAGUAAUAAAUCGGCUACAGGAGUAUUCCCGGUCCCAAAAAUUGUACCGAUGGUUCUCUCUAACAAAGAUCCUAUCGUUUUAUCCUUUGAUGACGUACCCGGCCCAAAAUCAUUGAAAUAUUUAUCGAGUGUGCGAUAUUACAUAUCCGAGAUCGGUACACAAUUUACAGCAGCCCUUCUCACGUUUGGACUCAACAUUAGCUCCUACAUUAGCAAUCGGAAAUCUAUUCGAAAUUUAUCCACUCUGUUUGAUGAAUAUGGCCCUGUAGUACGUUUUGUAAGUCCUGUGGGUGGUGACAUAGUACUCCUCAAUCACCCUGAACAUAUACGGAAGGUAUUUUCUAUGGAAGGAGAUUAUCCUGUUCGGUCUACUUUGGAGUCUUUGGAGAAAUAUAGAAUGGAGCACAGACACCACGUGUAUGGUGGUAUUUAUACUGUACACGGCCAGGAAUGGGUUCGUCAGAAAAAUAUUAUUGAAAACCCGAUGCAAGCCGUGAGCGCACACUAUGCCACCUCCGUGUUUGAAAUGUGCGAUAAAUUCACCCAGAAGAUAUACAACUUGCGGAACUAUCAAGACGAAAUAUCUAAGGAUCUUUACAAGGAAAUACACAAGUGGGCUUUCGAUUGUAUGGGCAUGAUGACAUUCUCGAAGCAGUUUUCGAUGAUAGACACCGAAGUGGUGUAUAGCCAGUGCGAUGUUUCGUGGAUGUACCAUUGCCUCGAGCAGGCGACAGACGCGCUGGACAAAUGCGAAACUGGGCCUCACGUCUGGAAGAUCAUUACGACUCCGGCGUGGUACAAGCUCGUCAAGUAUUGCGAUAGUUUGGAUCAUUUGAUCGGAAAACAAGUUCUGGAAGCUGAUCGGGAACUUUCAGCACCUAAGCCUGAUGAGAAAAAUGCACACUGUUUGUUGAACGCAAUUUUGCUCAGCGAUAAUCAAUUAACGCCAGAAGACGUUUCGACCAUUUUGAUGGACAUGCUCAUUAUUGGAGUAAACACAGUUGCAUCUUCAAUGUCCUACCUAUUAUAUUAUAUUGCAAGAAAUCAUAAGGUUCAGUCUACCCUCUAUCAAGAAGUAGCAAAAUUGUAUACCACACAAGUAGAUAACAUGUCAAAUCUUAAAGAUAAAACUCCUUAUCUUCAGGCUUGUAUAAAGGAAACUUUGAGAAUUGUUCCACCUAUUCCUCUUCUAACAAGAAUUCUUCCUAAGAAUAUAACACUGGAUAGAUAUAAUAUUCCAAGAGGAACCUUGAUCAUAAUGUCAACUCAAGAUGCAGCAUUGAAAGAAUGCAACUAUGAAGAUGCUCAAAAGUUCGAUCCAGACAGGUGGCUAAGAACUGGUGUUUAUGAUUACCACGCAUUUGCUUCAAUCCCCUUUGGGUUUGGAGCUAGAAAAUGUCUGGGACAAAAUAUUGCUGAAUCUAUGCUGUCCUUACUAACUAUUAAGGUAUUGCAGAAGUAUAUGUUGGAAUACCAUCAUGGUGAUGUGCAACCAACUCGACGCUUUAUAUCCAAGCCGAGCAAGCCACUUAAAAUAAGAUUUAUUGAUAGAAUGUAA